UCUGUAAAUGGUAGUAUAAGUGUUCUGUGGCGGUACAUGUUCGCAAGCCUUAGUACACAGCAGUAAUAUCAAGUUCUGUAGAAGUUGGUGCAAGCAUGCUACGGCUGUGAAACAGCGGGCUUUUUGUAUUUGUGUGUGUGUGUGUGUGUGUGUGUGUGUGUGUGCGUCCGCGUUCCACGGAAUCGCAUGUGCGCCCACUUGCAUGAUAUGAAAAGCUGAGUACUGUUGUGCCGAGGCUGUACACGUUGCACGUUGGCAGGCCGCACAUGACACGCGUCCUGUCUUGUUGCGAGCCUGUCAGCGAUUGAAGGAUCAACAUUCUCGGCUUUUUCGUGUGUUUUGUGCGCGACUUAUCCCAAGGCAUCGCAGCCAAACUUGAGACACCAUCUCAUGUACAAAAGUCAUGACGGGCAUCAGGAAGGACCAAGUUUUACUAGUCGGAUCUAGUGCUUCCGUCGCUGAACAAAUCAAAACUGGGACCCAACAAGCGCUCAAGUAUGCAUCCCUGGUGACCCUGACCGUUCAGAAUGCGGCCCUUAAUUUAACCAUGCGCAUGGCUCGCACACAGAAGGACCUUUUCAUAGCCAGCACAGCUGUUAUAAUGGCCGAGGUGAUAAAGCUGGCAACAUGCCUUAUCAUGGUACGUGUGGACGAAGGAAGCUUCCAGAAGUGGCGCUCUUCUAUUCACCGCAUAGUAGUGUUGCAGCCCUGGGACACACUCAAGGUAGCUGUGCCAUCUUUGGUGUACAACAUCCAGAACAACCUGCUUUACGUUGGGGCCACCCAUUUGGAUGCAGCCACAUGUCAGGUGACCUACCAACUAAAGAUCAUCACUACUGCUCUUUUCUCACUGGCACUGCUCAACAAGAAGCUUGCAGCUGUCCAGUGGGUGGCACUGCUGGUGCUGUUUGUGGGUGUUGCACUUGUUCAGCUGGCACAGAUAGGUGUUCACCCCAAAACUGUGGAGGGCCAUGUGCAGCAGCCCCUAGUUGGCUUUCUGGCCAUUCUGGCAGCUUGCUGCCUGUCUGGAUUUGCAGGUGUAUACUUUGAAAAGAUCCUUAAAGGCAGUGAUGUUUCUGUGUGGAUGCGAAAUGUCCAACUGAGUACUUUUGCAGUCCCUUUUGGCUUGCUGACAACACUUGCCAACGAUUAUGCAGAAGUUCGUGACAAAGGAUUUUUUUAUGGUUACAGUAUACUAAUCUGGAUUGUCAUUCUUCUGCAAGCCCUUGGUGGGCUGCUGGUUGCAGUUGUUGUUAAAUAUGCUGACAACAUUCUCAAGGGAUUUGCCACUUCACUUGCUAUUGUGCUUUCAUGUGUGGUAUCAGUGUAUGCCUUUGAAUUCCACCUCAGCUGGCAGUUUGUGGCUGGUGCACUGCUUGUCAUGGGGUCCAUCUUUCUCUAUAGUCGACCGAACGCGAGCGCAGUACAAUUGCAUAUUGCAUCACGCAAAGUUUGAGGACACUUCUAGUACAAAUCACAGUGCACAUACUGCAGGCGUGCUUACAUUGUGAAGCACGCAGUCAGUAAAAAUUGCAUCAGGACAUUAACUGCACUAAUAGGCAAUGAAGACGACACUAUGUACAAGCCAAAGGCCUUUCACUUGCACACCCCCAUGACAGUUCAAUGUGAGCAUGAUUUUCAAGCAAAUGUUACAGCUACGUUGUCCUGUGUGCACUGUGGUUUUCUAGAUGCAAUGCUUUUUGGCAUUAAUUCAAUUGUUGUGCAACUGUUGUAGUACAUGAUGUUAUGUAUGAAAGUAAUUUUGUCAUUUUGUAAUGCCCUUCGGUUGUAAUUUAAUAAAACCAAGGGAAGAAACGGC